ACCCAAACAAAACAAAACAACCACAGGCUCUGGAAUCGAAUUGCAGCCCAAUUUUGCGUCAACGCCCAAUUUGCAUCCAAUUUUACCGCAGCAAAUCUUGUGAACCCUCUGCCCGGGUCAAGCGGCACUACAGUUUAAUCACUUCACGCCCUGGGAAUUGCGCCAUUUCGCCUGCUGCACCACGUUUCUCCUUUGGCUACCACACCGCCCAUCAGACACUCAAUUCGUCGUAUAUUGCAUAUUUCGUUUAUACGCCGCAUCAUCACAAUGCUUGGCCCCCGCAUUCUCGCAAAGCCCUCCGGCACGCUUGUCUCCGCCACCGCUCGCAAGGCCAGCGCCGUGGUGCUACAGACCCGGCGAUGCCACCAGGCGCCGCUAUCGACAUCAGCUGCGCGCCGUGCCAAGAACAUGGUCUUUGACCCCAUCCGUAAUCCAGACUCCUUCCAGACUUAUCUUCUGCACUCAUCGUCGGCGCGCACGCCGCUGCUCACUCUCUGGACAGCCUCGUACUGCUCGACAUGCCGCACCGUAGAGCCCCUAAUCAAGUCUCUCGUGGAAUCCGGGAUUGGCGAGGCAGAGGGCGGCGUCUGCUUUGCCCCCGUAGAGUUUGAUAGCCCCGACAUCAUGGGCGGUGGCGCCGACUCGCUGGCCAUGACGUACAUGAUCACGGCGAUACCCACGCUGCUCAGCUUCGACGCGGGCGAGCCUCAGUCUGCCACCAGGAUCACAGAUGGCAAGAAGCUCGCCGAUAGAGAGUUUCUGAUUGAGUGGAUUCGCAACGAGGCCAAAAGACACGGCGGCAGAGGCGGCGGCUCGACCGGCAGUGGCUUCUCCUUUGGUGGCUUGUUUGGACGACGCUAGGUAACACUGCGUCCAUCGGCCAGCGCCUGUUGUACCUAUAGCUGUAAUUAUAGAGAAUGGCUAAAUGCCAUAUAAUAGCGAAUUAGCUGCUGCCACUGCUUGCUGUGCUGCGCCGGCCCGUGCAUGGAACGCACUAGUCCCUGGCACUAAAGGGUCAUGUACAUGCAUGCAACGUCUAUCUGCUGAUUCUUUUCGAGAGCCUAGACCCUUCUUCAUCUUUCACGCUGCUGUCCAACAUUGUUGUUGUCACUGUGACGUAAGACAUUGUGUAGACACAAAAGUUAAAG